CAGCAACAAGGGAUAGAUUAUAUGCGGGAUGAGGUGUGGAGCCUUUUGCCCAUCAGUGAUCACCCAUUGCUUCCUCGUUUCCGAAAGCUCACGGAGAUUCACCGAAAAGCGACCCAGCCCCUCCUGUGGCCCAUUGCCCCCUCCUCCCACCGACAGUGACUCUCCCCUCGGUUCCACUCCGAGGAAGGAUCCCCUGGUAGUACGGCGAUAACAGUCUAAUGGCCGUACUCAAGAUGGAGGUUUGCAGAUAGCAUGAACGAUAUGUAAACGUCCUCGUAGCCGGCCGCUUCCCUUUACUAGCGUUUUUCGGAAGACCAGAGUGAUUUGGACAGCUUGAUACCCUGGAAAGAACGGGGCUUCUACUCGGGAUUUUUAGCUCCUGUUCAGAUUGGCAGCCAUGAGCUCGGGGGAAGGAGGAGACGAGACGUCAAAAGACGCUGCCGAUAUAGCGGCGUUCUUCAAAAAUGAUGGUUCCCUCCCUAAAGAGCCAAAAGGAGAUGUAUCUAGCCACAUAGCAGCUUUCAAGCGCAAUGAGGAGAUGCGAGCUAUAGAGGUGCUGCCCAUCCUCAAAGAGAAGGUUGCCUUUCUGUCAGGUGGCAGAGACAGGCGAGGAGGUCCUGUCUUAACAUUUCCAUCACGCAGCAACCACGACAGAAUACGACAGGAAGACCUGCGCAAACUCAUAGCCUACCUGGCCGGAAUCCCUAGCGAGGAUGUGGCCCGACAUGGCUUCACGGUCAUCGUGGACAUGCGCGGCUCCAAGUGGGAUAGCAUCAAGCCUGUUCUGAAGAUCCUGCAGGAGUCGUUCCCCUCCUGCAUCCACGUGGCCCUCAUCAUCAAGCCUGACAACUUCUGGCAGAAGCACCGCACCAACUUCGGAAGCUCCAAGUUCGAGUUCGAGACCACCAUGGUGUCGUUAGAGGGCCUGUCCAAGGUGGUGGACCCCUCCCAGCUGACGGCAGACUUCGACGGCAGCCUGGACUACAACCAUGAGGAGUGGAUAGAGGUGCGCGUGGCCUUCGAGGAGUUCUCGGGUCAUGCGGGCCAGAUGCUGUCGCGCCUGGAGGAGAUGCAGGAGACGGUGGCCCGCAAGGACUUCCCCCAGGACCUGGAGGGGGCCCGCCGGAUGAUAGAGGAGCACGCCGCCCUCAAGAAGAAGGUGAUCAAGGCCCCCAUCGAGGAGCUGGACACGGAGGGACAGAGGCUGCUACAGCGCAUCCACAGCACCGAGGCCUUCUCCAACCGUAACGGCGGCGGCGGCGGCGGCGGGGGGACCGGUAACGUGGACAUGGGCCUGGUGCCGCGGGUCAACCAGCUGCUGGACAAGCUGCACACCACGCGGCAGCAGCUGCACCAGGCCUGGCACGUCCGCAAGCUGCAGCUGGACCAGUGCUUCCAGCUGCGCCUCUUCGAGCAGGACGCCGAGAAGAUGUUUGACUGGAUCUUGCACAACAAAGGUCUGUUCCUGGCCGGCUACACGGAGAUCGGCAACAGCCACCCCCACGCGGCAGAGCUGCAGACCCAGCACAACCACUUUGCAAUGAACUGCAUGAACGUGUACGUGAACAUCAACCGCAUCAUGUCGGUGGGGAACCGGCUGCUGGAGUCCGGCCACUACGCCUCCCAGCAGAUCAAGCAGAUCUCGGCCCAGCUGGAGCAGGAGUGGAAGGCCUUCGCCGCCGCGCUGGACGAGCGCAGCACGCUGCUGGAGAUGUCGGCGAGCUUCCACCAGAAAUGCGACCAGUACAUGGGGAACGUGGAGUCGUGGUGCAAGGCGUGCGGGGAGGUGGAGCUGCCGUCGGAGCUGCAGGAUCUGGAGGACGCCAUCCACCACCACCAGGGCCUGUACGAGCACAUCACCGCCACCUACUCAGAGGUGAGCCAGGACGGGAAGGCUCUGCUGGACAAGCUGCAGCGCCCCCUAACCCCGGGCAGCGCCGACUCCCUGACGGCGUCGGCCAACUACUCCAAGGCGGUGCACCGCGUGCUGGACAUCAUCCACCAGGUGCUGCACCACCAGCGGCAGCUGGAGAACAUCUGGCAGCACCGCAAGGUGCGCCUGCACCAGCGGCUGCAGCUCUGCGUGUUCCAGCAGGACGUCCAGCAGGUGCUGGACUGGAUUGAGAACCAUGGCGAGGCCUUCCUCAGUAAGCACACGGGCGUGGGGAAGUCUCUCCACCGGGCGCGGGCGCUGCAGAAACGCCAUGAGGACUUUGAGGAGGUGGCCCAGAACACCUACACCAAUGCAGACAAGCUGCUGGAGGCGGCGGAGCAGCUGGCCCAGACGGGGGAGUGCGACCCGGAGGAGAUCUACCAGGCCGCCCACCAGCUGGAGGACCGCAUCCAGGACUUUGUGCGGCGCGUGGAGCAGCGCAAGGUGCUGCUGGACAUGUCGGUGGCCUUCCACACGCACGUCAAGGAGCUGUGGACGUGGUUGGAGGAGCUGCAGAAGGAGCUGCUGGACGACGUGUACGCAGAGUCGGUGGAGGCGGUCCAGGACCUCAUCAAGAGGUUCGGCCAGCAGCAGCAGACCACCCUGCAGGUCACCGUCAACGUCAUCAAGGAGGGGGAGGACCUCAUCCAGCAGCUCAGGGACUCGGCCAUCUCCAGCAACAAGACGCCCCACAACAGCUCCAUGGCGCACAUCGAGGGCGUGCUGCAGCAGCUGGACGAGGCCCAGGCCCAGAUGGAGGAGCUCUUCCAGGAGAGGAAGAUCAAGCUGGAGCUCUUCCUCCAGCUGCGCAUCUUCGAGAGGGACGCCAUCGACAUAAUCUCUGACCUGGAGGCGUGGAACGAGGAGCUGACGAGCCAGAUGAGUGAGUUCGACACGGAGGACCUGAGCCUGGCGGAGCAGCAGCUCCAGCACCACGCCGACAAGGCCCUGACCGUCAACAACCUCACCUUCGACGUCAUCCACCAGGGCCAGGAGCUGCUGCAGUAUGUCAACGAGGUGCAGGCGUCCGGCGUGGAGCUGCUGUGCGACCGGGACGUGGACAUGGCCACGCGCGUGCAGCACCUGCUGGAGUUCCUCCACGAGAAGCAGCAGGAGGUGGACCUGGCGGCGGAGCAGCGGCGCCGGCACCUGGAGCAGUGCGUCCAGCUGAGGCACCUGCAGGCCGAGGUCAAGCAGGUUCUGGGUUGGAUCCGGAACGGGGAGUCCAUGCUGAACGCUGGUCUGAUCACGGCCAGCUCCCUGCAGGAGGCAGAGCAGCUCCAGAGAGAGCAUGAGCAGUUCCAACAUGCUAUUGAGAAGACGCACCAGAGCGCCCUGCAGGUGCAGCAGAAGGCGGAGGCGCUGCUCCAGGCCAACCACUACGACAUGGACCUGAUCCGGGACUGUGCCGAGAGCGUGGCCUCCCACUGGCAGCAGCUCAUGCUGAAGAUGGAGGACCGCCUCAAGCUGGUCAACGCCUCGGUGGCCUUCUACAAGACCUCCGAGCAGGUGUGCAGCGUGCUGGAGAGCCUGGAGCAGGAGUACAAGAGGGAGGAGGACUGGUGCGGCGGGGCCGACAAACUGGGGCCCAACUGUGAGUCUGAGCACGUGACCCCCAUGAUCAGCAAGCACCUGGAGCAGAAGGAGGCCUUCCUCAAGGCGUGCACGCUGGCCAGGCGCAACGCAGACGUCUUCCUGAAGUACAUGCACAGGAACAGCGUCAACAUGCCGGGGAUGCUGAGCCACGUGAAGGCACCAGAGCAGCAGGUCAAGAACAUCUUGAACGAGCUGCUGCAGAGAGAGAACCGCGUGCUACACUUCUGGACCAUGAGGAAACGACGGCUGGACCAGUGCCAGCAGUAUGUGCUGUUUGAGCGCAGUGCCAAGCAGGCUCUGGAGUGGAUCCACGACACGGGGGAGUUCUACCUGUCCACACACACCUCCACGGGCUCCAGCAUCCACCACACCCAGGAACUACUCAAGGAGCACGAGGACUUCCACAUCACCGCCAAGCAAACCAAAGAGCGCGUGAAGCUGCUGAUCCAGCUGGCGGACGGCUUCUGUGACAAGGGCCACGCCCACGCGGUGGAGAUCAAGAAGUGGGUGACGGCGGUGGACAAGCGCUACCGGGACUUCUCCCUGCGCAUGGACAAGUACCGCGGCAGCCUGGAGAAGGCCCUGGGCAUCUCCUCCGACUCCAACAAGGCCAGCAAGGACCUCCAGCUGGACAUCAUCCCAGCCAGCGCCCCGGGGUCAGAGGUCAAGCUGAGGGACGCCGCCCACGAGCUCAACGAGGAGAAACGCAAGUCGGCCCGCAGGAAGGAGUUCAUCAUGGCAGAGCUGAUUCAGACGGAGAAGGCAUAUGUGCGCGACCUCCGGGAGUGCAUGGAUACGUACCUGUGGGAGAUGACCAGUGGGGUGGAGGAGAUUCCUCCAGGGAUCAUCAACAAGGAACACAUCAUCUUCGGCAACAUGCAGGACCUCUACGAGUUCCACCACAACAUCUUCCUCAAAGAGCUGGAGAAGUACGAGCAGCUGCCUGAAGAUGUGGGCCACUGCUUCGUCACAUGGGCCGAUAAGUUCCAGAUGUACGUGAACUACUGUAAGAACAAGCCGGACUCCACGCAGCUCAUCCUUGAGUUCGCCGGGCCCUACUUCGACGAGAUCCAGCAGAGGCACCGGUUGGCCAACUCCAUCUCCUCCUACCUCAUUAAGCCGGUGCAGAGAAUCACCAAGUACCAGCUCCUGCUCAAGGAGCUGUUGACUUGCUGUGAGGAAGGGAAGGGGGAGAUCAAGGACGGCCUGGAGGUGAUGCUCAGUGUUCCCAAAAGAGCCAACGACGCCAUGCACCUCUCCAUGCUGGAGGGCUUCGAUGAGAACCUGGAGUCCCAGGGGGAGCUCAUCCUGCAGGACUCCUUCCAGGUGUGGGACCCCAAGACUCUCAUCCGCAAGGGCCGCGAGCGCCACCUCUUCCUCUUUGAGAUGUCGCUGAUCUUCAGCAAGGAGGUCAAGGACUCCAACGGCAGGAGCAAAUACAUCUACAAGAGCAAGCUCUUUACGUCGGAGUUAGGGGUGACGGAGCACGUUGAGGGCGACCCCUGUAAGUUUGCUCUCUGGGUGGGACGCACGCCCACCUCCGACAACAAGAUUGUACUCAAGGCUUCCAACAUCGAGAACAAGCAGGACUGGAUCAAACACAUCCGGGAGGUGAUCCAGGAGCGCACCAUCCACCUGAGGGGGGCCCUGAAGGAGCCCAUCCACAUCCCCAAGGCCACCACCGCCAAGCACCACAAGGGCCGCAGGGACGGAGAAGACCUGGACAGUCAGGGUGAGGGCAGCAGCCAGCCAGACACCAUCUCUCUGGCCUCCCGCACCUCUCAGAACACCCUGGACAGCGACAAGCUGUCGGGCGGCUGUGAGCUCACGGUGGUCAUCCACGACUUCCUGGCGGGCAACAGCAACGAGCUGACGGUGCGGCGGGGCCAGACGGUGGAGGUGCUGGAGCGCUGCCACGAGCGGCCCGACUGGUGCCUGGUGCGGACCACCGACCGCUCGCCCGCCCACGAGGGCCUGGUGCCCUGCGCCGUGCUCUGCAUCGCCCACUCCCGCUCCUCCAUGGAGAUGGAGGGCAUCUUCAACCACAAAGACACGUUGUCGGUGUGCAGUAACGACUCCAUCCUCCCGGGCUCCUCGGCCACGCUACAGCCGGGCCACGGCAUGCACAUCCACACCUCGCCCGGACCCAAGCACCGGGCCCCAGGCAACACGCUGCGCAAGUGGCUGACCAGCCCGGUGCGCCGGCUGAGCAGCGGCAAGGCGGACGGACACGUCAAGAAGCUGGCGCACAAACACAAGAAGAACCGCGAGGUGAGGAAGAGCGGGGACGUGGGCACGCUGGGCUCCCAGAAGGACUCGGACGACAGCGCCGCGACGCCCCAGGACGAGACGGUGGAGGAGAGGGUGCGCAACGAGGGUCUGUCGAGCGGCACCCUGUCCAAGUCGAGCUCGUCGGGCAUGCAGAGCUGCGGGGAGGAGGAGGGCGAGGAGGGGGCCGACUCGGUGCCCCUGCCGCCCCCCAUGGCCAUCCAGCAGCACAGCCUGCUGCAGCCGGACGCCCCCGACGACAAGACGUCCUCUCGUCUCUCCGUCCGCCCCUCCAGCUCCGAGACCCCCAGUGCCGCGGAGCUGGUGAGCGCCAUCGAGGAGUUGGUCAAGAGCAAGAUGGCUCUGGAGGAGCGCCCCAGCUCCCUGUCUGUGGACCCGGGGGACAGCAGCUCGCCCUCCCUCAACCCCUCGGACAACUCCCUGCUCUCCUCCUCCUCGCCCGUCGACGAGGUGGACGAGCGCAAGACGGGCAGCCUCCGGAAGAGACGUUACAUCCUGGUGGAUUUGGUGGAGUCGGAGCGGGAGUACAUCAAUGACCUCAGUCUGCUGGUGGACGGGUAUGUGAGCCAAAUGAGGGAGGAGGGGAUCCCGGAGGACAUGAAGGGCAAGGACAAGAUUGUUUUCGGCAACGUCGUGCAGAUCUACGACUGGCACAAAGAUUACUUCCUGUCUGAGCUGGAGAAGUGUCUGCAGGACCCUGAUCGACUGGGACCACUCUUCGUCAAACAGGAGCGGCGCCUCAACAUGUACGUGGUCUACUGCCAGAACAAGCCCAAGUCGGAGCAGAUUGUCCUGGAGUACAUCGACACCUACUUUGAGGAGCUGAAGCAGCGGCUGGGUCACCGGCUGCCCAUCUCGGACCUGCUCUCCAAGCCCGUGCUGAGGAUCAUGAAGUACCAGCUGCUGCUGAAGGAUUUCCUCAAAUCUUCCAGAAAGGCUGGCAUGGAGUUUGGGGAGUUGGAGAAAGCGGUGGAGGUCAUGUGCCUCGUGCCCAAACGCUGCAACGACGUCAUGAGCGUGGGCCGCCUCCAGGGCUUCGACGGGAAGGUGGUAGCCCAGGGCCGCCUGCUGCUGCAGGACACCUUCAUGGUGCUGGAGGCCCAGGGGGGCGCGCUGGGACGCAUGGAGGAGAGGAGGGUCUUCCUCUUCGAGCAGCUGGUCCUCUUCAGCGAGCCCCUGGACAAGAAGAGGGGCUUCUCCCUGCCCGGCUUCCUCUACAAGAGCAGCAUCAAGGUGAGCUGUCUGGGCCUGGAGGAGAACGAGGAGGGGGACCCCUGCAGGUUCACCCUGACCUCGCGGGGGCCCUCCGGCGCCACGGAGGCCCUGGAGCUCCACUCCAGCCACCCGGGGGUCUGCCAGGUGUGGGUGCUGCAGAUCGGCCAGAUGCUGGAGGGCCAGCAGAACCUCCUCAACACGCUCACCUCCCCGCUGGAGUACCAGAGGAACCACGUAGGGGCGAGCGGCGGGCCGUGUCCCCCCAGCCUCGGGGCCCCGGGCGGGCCCAGUGGAGCAGGGGCCCCUGGAGGAGGCGGCAGCGGCACCCCCCAGGACGGCUCCGGCUCCCCCUCCCGCCGGCCCUCCAGGAUCCCCCAGCCCUCGCGCCUCCCCCAGCCCCUCCGCCACCACCCCGGGGGAGAGUCCGACGGCCCCCCCAAGGUUUCAGGUUCGUCCCCCUGCCCCGCCCCUUCCCCUGCCCCCCCCACCGGGGGUAGUCCACAGGGUAAGCGCCCCCUCCAGCCCCCCGACGACCCAGCCCAGACCCCCGCCCCCUCCAAUGCGGUGGCCCCUAGCCCCCGUGCCACCGUGGGACCCACACCCUCCACCCCCACCUCCAAACCCCGCCCGGGGACCAUCUCCCCCAUGGCCUCUCCGAUGGCCACCCCUGCCUUUGGCAAGGACGCCCUCCCCCUGCCCCCGCCCAGCCCCGGGCCGAAGGGGGGCUCUGGGUUCUGGAGCUCCAUGCCGGGCUCCCCGGCCAGCCGGCCUGGCUCGUUCACCUUCCCCGGGGAGGUAGGGGAGUCGCCGGCCCGGCCGAACCAGACCCAGAGCCAGGGCGUCUCUGGGGGCCAGAGCCAGGGCACCCACAGACACUCCACGCACAGCAAGGAGGCGGACCGUAUGAGCACAUGCUCGUCCACCAGCGAGCAGUCCAUCCAGUCCACCCAGAGCAACGGGAGUGAAAGCAGCAGCAGCAGUAGCGUGUCCACCAUGCUGGUCACCCAGGACUACAUGGCGGUGAAGGAGGACGAGGUCAGCGUGGUCCAGGGCGAGGGGGUGCAGAUCCUGGCCAGCAACCAGCAGAACAUGUUCCUGGUGUUCCGGGCGGCCACGGAGCAGGGCCCCGCCGCCGAGGGCUGGAUCCCGGGCUACGUGCUGGGACACACGUCGGCGCUCAUCACCGACGGCCCCGACGGAACCGUCAACAGGAAGUGUUCUUCAUGGCACACGACCCUGCGCAUCCGGAAGAAGUCUGAGAAGAAGGAGAGGGAGGGGAAGAAGGAGAUCAAGCUGGAGAACGGGUACAGGAAGUCCAAAGAUGGCCUGGCCAAUAAGGUUUCUGUAAAGCUUCUAAAUCCCAACUACAUCUAUGAUGUGCCGCCCGAGUUCCUGGUGCCGCUGGCUGACGUGACGUGUGACAGCGGAGAGAGCGUCACCCUCCGGUGUAAAGUGUGUGGAAGACCCCGCGCCUCCGUCACCUGGAAGGGCCCCCACCAGAGCCUCCUCACCAACAACGGGCGCUGUAGCAUAGCCUACAGCGAUACCGGUGAGGCGACUCUGAGGAUCACGGGCGCCGCCUCGGAGGACGACGGCUCCUACACCUGUGAGGCCACCAACGACCUGGGCACCGUGACGACCACCGCCAGCCUGAGAGUGCUGGCUGUGUCUAGUGACGGUGUCCGGGUCAGCUGGAAGGACAGCUUUGAGUCCUUCUACACCGAGGUGGCAGAACUGGGCAGGGGGCGCUUCUCCGUGGUGAAGCACUGCGACCAUCGCGGUGCCAAGCGCUCGGUUGCGGUGAAGCUGGUGAACAAGAAGCUGAUGAGGAGGGACCAGGUCACCCAGGAGCUCAGCCUGCUCCAGCGGCUGCAGCACCCCCACCUCGUGGGCCUCCUGGACACCUACGAGACCCCCAGCAGCUACGCCCUGGUCCUGGAGAUGGCUGAUCAAGGCCGUCUGCUGGACUACAUCGUGAGCUGGGGGAAUCUGACGGAGGACAAGGUGGCCUGCUACCUUCGGGACGUCCUGGAAGCUUUACACUACCUACACAACAGCCGGGUUGUACAUCUGGACGUCAAACCUGAGAACCUGCUGGUGUCCCAGAGCUCCGGCGGCCCGCCCUCCAUCAAGCUCACGGACUUCGGCGACGCGGUGCAGCUGGGCGGCUCCCACCACGUCCACGCCCUGCUGGGCAGCCCCGAGUUCGCCGCCCCCGAGGUGGUGCUGGGGGAGCCGGCCUCCCCGGCCUGCGACCUGUGGAGCCUGGGCGUGGUCACCUACGUGCUGCUCAGCGGCGCCUCGCCCUUCCUGGACGAGAGCACCGAGGAGACCUGCCUGAACAUCUGCCGCCUGGACUUCAGCUUCCCCGGGGACUACUUCCAGGGCGUGGGCCACGCCGCCCGGGACUUUGUGUGCCUGCUGCUGAGGACGGACCCCGGCCGGAGGCCCCCCGCGCGGCUGUGCCUCCAGGAGCCCUGGCUGCAGGGCGGCGGCGCCGAGGUCUGCCUGGACACCUCCCGCCUCAUCUCCUUCAUCGACCGCAGGAGGCACCAGACGGACGCGCGGCUCGGCGGCAUGAGGAGCUUCCUCCACAGCCGGCUGCAGCCCGCGGUGUGACCCCCCACCCACCCCCACCCCGCGCGCGGCGGACAGACGGGCGGACGGCCCCUCGGCUCCUCGCCCCUGGGAUCGGAUGGGAUGGGCCGUGGCCCCAGUGGGAUCAGUGGUCAGACUGUGGUUAGAGAAGGUUUUUUCCGGCAGUCCCUCAUCCACAUGAUGCCAACAGCUGGCCGCAGAGUCUGACCCCCCCAUCCCCCCGCCACCUGCCUGAGAGGCGGAGCCUGUACGCCGAUCUCUUCCUCGUUCACACGUGCUCCAGUCCUCUUCGCCCCAAGAAAUGAUGACCUGUUGUUCAGGUCAGCCAAUCAAAGCCCUGGAGAAGAGUUCUCAGCCGACCAACGGGUGGAUGUCCUUGUCUACUGCUGCUUGCUGUUUUCAGAAUCAAAGCCCUUUUUUAUAGUAAAGCGAAGCGAAAAAAAAGUGAAAAAAAUAAAGAUGGAGAAUGAAGUAAUUUAUUUUGCAAGACAUCGGAAUCGAUCAAAAAAAAGACACGAGAUUGAGCCUUGAAGCGACUGCACCGAGUAGCAGAGUUUCCACGGGAGAGAGCGACGCGAGCUAGGAACAGCCGAGCCAAGACGACCUCUGACCCCUCACCGCUGAGGGGAGGGAGGGAGGCGUCAUCUUUUGGUCCUGUUCCUCUUUCACACUCAAUCUGACUUUUAGACGAAGCAUCCCUUUUGUUAUAUAAACUAUGUAUAGAAAGGAAAAUAAUGUCCAUAGAUUUUCAAUUAUUUGUUUUAAAACAAAAAAAGCGUUGAUUAAUGUCGGUCCGUGGAAGGCUGCUGGAGGCCCCGAGCUUCCCCAUGUGACCGCGUGUGCCGGUCGGGCAGCCAGUCUCUUUGCUGUCAGUGCUUCUUGUAUGUGCCCUAUCUACGAUAACCAUGACGACCACGUUGCACGUAAAACUGCGCUGCACCGUCCGACCUCCGAAAAACGACAGACUAGACGUAGAAAGGAUGGUGUUUGGGCUUUUUCCUAGAUCAAACGUUGCGUUGUGCACAUAUACAGAUGUUUAAGCCUUACUUUGUAUAUAGACUUUGAACCGCCUUCGGAGUCCCCCUCCAAACUCCAAACGCCCGCUUUGGCCGUUGUGGCGGAAAUGACUAUUUGGGAGACAUAAAAAUGUAAGAUUGUGAUUGUGCGUCAGAGCCUUAGCAGCAGGGAUAGCCCGUCAGAGGGGUGAAUGCA